UUAAUUCAAUGUUUCGAAAACGAUUGUUGCAAUUCUGCUGGAAUCCAUACAGAAAUCAUUUAACAAUUUCUGGAUGGCUUUUGUAACGGAUACGGAUUGCGGACGGAUUUUGUUCCGUUUAUUCACUAAAUGCCGAAACUUGUAAAAAAUUAUCAUCUUGAGCGUGUUUCUCGCUUUUAUUUAAGCUGCAACUGAAUGAGAAAUUUUUCCACAUAUUGACCAGAUACCACUUUCAAAAAUGAAGACGAUGCGCCAAAAAACGCCAGUCAAGGUAUUCCCAAAGACGAUGCCACUGUCAAGUCGAGACAAUUCUAGCAACAGGUUACCAAGCGACCCUGUUCAGGUGUACUGCCGGAUCCGUCCGUUACCAUGCGAAUUCGAUCUGUCCUGUUUGCGAGUAAUUGGCCACAACAUGGUCGUCUUGACACCACCUGAAAUUGCUAUGAACUACAAAAUAUCGAACCUCAAGGAAACCCAGUAUCUCUAUCGGAAUGUCUUUGAAUCGGACGUACCACAGCAUGAAAUAUACGCGAAGGUGGCCCAACCACUGGUGGAAUCAUUGAUCCGUGGUAACAAUGGGCUACUGUUUACGUACGGCGUUACGGGAAGUGGAAAAACAUACACCAUGACGGGGGACAUGCAGCACCGGGGCAUUAUGCCCCGAUGUUUGGAUGCACUGUUUCGAUCCAUCGCGGAUUAUCAGGCGAAGAAGUUUAUUUUUAAACCUGAUCGAAUGAACGGGUUCGAUGUUCUUUCGGAUGCGGAUGCAAUGCUGGAGCGGCAUGCCGAGUUGUUGCACUCUAAGCAGAAUCGCAUCAAGCGAAAGGACACUGAUCCGGAAAUUGCUUCGAAGGCUUCCGUGGACCCGUCCGAGGUUAGCGGCAUUGAUGAGGAUAAUAUCUAUUCGGUUUUUAUUAGCUACGUUGAGGUGUACAAUAAUUCCGUGUUUGAUCUGCUGGAAGAAACGACUGUCCAGAAAACGCUGCAGAGCAAAAUGGUUCGAGAGGAUGCCAACCGAAACAUGUUUGUCCAUGGUGUCAAUGAGAUUGAGGUGAAAACGGCGGAAGAGGCGUUAGAUGUAUUUUCGAUCGGCCAGAAGCGAAAACGAGUUGGCCAUACUAUUCUGAAUGCCGAAUCGAGUCGAUCGCACUCGGUGUUUAACAUACGACUGGUGCAGGCACCGGUCGAUGACCUGGGUGAACAGGUUGUUCAAGACCGAAAUACGGUUACCGUUAGUCAACUGUCGCUGGUGGAUCUGGCCGGUAGUGAAAGAACUAGUCGUACGGGUAACACCGGUCAGCGAUUGAAGGAGACAGGUAAUAUCAACAACAGUCUGAUGACUCUACGGACGUGUUUGGAGAUAUUGCGGGAGAACCAGAUGACAGGGAGUUCGAAAAUGGUACCCUAUCGUGAAUCAAAAAUUACUCAUCUGUUUAAGAAUUAUUUCGAUGGGGAAGGACAGGUACGAAUGAUUGUUUGUGUCAAUCCCAGGGCGGAAGAUUAUGAUGAAACGGUACAGGUAAUGAAGUUUGCCGAGAUGUCUCAGGAUGUCCACAUUGCACGGUCAACUUCGACGAAGGUUGAUGCCGGAUUGACUCCUGGUCGUCGUAAGGCCAACCAAAUCUUUAAGAUAGCGAUCAAUGACUUGGAGAAACAUCACCAGGAAUUCGCUGCGAAGUUGGAUAUCGAUUUGAGUUUGGUUUACAGUUUAGGUCAAAACUUCCCCGAUAUGAAAAUGUACAGCCCUGAGACGCAAGAACUGAUUCAGGAGCUGAUCAAAGUUCUCGAAGUAAGAAUCCAAAAACGGAAAUCACUGUGCGAUAAUUAUGAUGCGAGUCAGGAUCACUUCCGAAUGAAUCUGUUAAAAGUUGAGCGCGAGAACGUAGUACUAAAGACGGAAAAUACUUCAAUCAAAGGUGUGCUCAAAUAUAGUCAGCAAAAAUCUAGGGAUUUGGAGAGAAAGAUUCUUAUUUUUGAAAGUUUGAUAGACGAAUCGAACCAACGCAAUCGGACACUGGAGAAGCAGGUUCGGGAGCUACAGCAACACCUCGAUCAGAAAACACAGCGACUAAAUCAAUUGAAAAUUAAUAGCGAGCGGCAACAAAAGAAGUAUAAUUCAAUAAUGGCUGUCGAGUCAACGACGAGCCGGGAGUUGGAACUGAAAUUGCCGGACCAGAAGAACAAAUUGAAGGAUGAAAUGCGAGAGAAGGACGAGCGACUCAUGCUGGUUUCGGAGAUUAUUGAGGGUAGAACACCGCUGAAGAAUGCCGGUCGUUCCAUCAGCGAGGAUGAGUGGAUCACGCCCAUUUCCAGUCGAGUAACUGCGGUGCGUUCAAAUGGAAUUUUACAUACUCCAAGACCAGCUAGAGGCAUUGCUGUGGCAACUCCUCGCUAUCGUCGAUCCCGCUCAACUGAUGAACGUUGGUUGGAACAUCGCUCUGCUAACCCAAUUCCACUGGGAAACCUUUUGCAGCCUUACUACUCUAGCAGAAAGUCCGUUACAAAACUGACCGCUGCUCAUGAUGAUACAGAUGCAAAAACAGACACUAAAGGGGAAAUCGAAACGAAAAUAUUCAAAGGGGACGUUAUUCCUUCUGGGGCUGGACCGCAGGUAAUUUUUAGCGACGUCGAAUGUUUAAAACAGUACUCCCCAACAAAGUCCCAAAGUAGACGCAAACGAUCCGCUUCUUCAUUCAUAAAGCAGCCAAAUGCAGACGAAAGUGGAGAUAAACAACCAGAACAUUGUUAGAAUAUAAAAUAUGUCCGUUGUAGAUUGUUAUUGUUCGUGAAAUUCAGUGUUUAUUAGUCGUUU